CUAGGUUCUCAGUUUUAUUUUGGCGUUGAACGAGAGUAGUUCUAAACAUCGCGAAAAUGCUAAAAGUGCGCAGUGGCCUAUCAUUAAUUCAGUCGCAAAAAGCGGCUCUCUCGCUCAGCUCUCAAAAGCGCUGGCAAACCAAUGUGGCGACGGCUGAGGCUAGAGAGGAUUCCGAAUGGCUAAAGGCUAAGCCAUUCGAACAGAUCCCUCGCCUUAAUAUGGUGGCAUUGACGAUGAAAAUGUCUAUGCCCGGUGGAAAGUAUAAAAACAUGGAACUUAUGGACAUGUUCGAGGCCAUGCGACAGGACUAUGGAGAUAUAUUCUUCAUGCCAGGUAUAAUGGGUAACCCAUCGUUUUUGAGCACCUACAAUCCAGAGGACUUUGAGGUGAUCUUUCGCAAUGAGGGAGUAUGGCCUCACCGCCCGGGAAACGACACACUGCGCUAUCAUCGCGAGGAGUAUCGAAAGGAUUUCUACCAGGGUGUCAUGGGCAUUAUUCCCUCACAGGGAAAACCCUGGGGAGACUUUAGGACCGUCGUCAAUCCCGUUCUCAUGCAACCGAAGAAUGUGAGACUGUACUACAAGAAGAUGUCGCAGGUUAACCAGGAGUUUGUGCAACGUAUAAAGGAACUGAGGGAUUCCGAAACUCUGGAGGCGCCCGAUGAUUUUAUAGACACUAUCAACCGCUGGACCCUUGAAUCCGUAUCCGUGGUGGCCUUGGAUAAGCAGCUGGGAUUGCUCAAGGAUUCGAAGAAGGAGAGCGAAGCACUCAGACUUUUCCACUACCUAGAUGAGUUCUUUAUAGUAUCCGCGGACCUUGAGAUGAAGCCAUCUCCCUGGCGCUAUAUCAAAACUCCCAAGUUGAAGCGAUUGCUCAAAGCUCUCGAUGGUAUCCAGGAAGUCACGUCGGCCUAUGUUGACGAGGCGAUAGAACGAUUGGAUAAGGAGACCAAGGCGGGUGUAGUGCGUCCGGAGAAUGAACAAAGUGUCCUCGAGAAACUGCUGAAAGUUGAUAGGAAAGUGGCCACUGUUAUGGCCAUGGACAUGCUGAUGGCGGGAGUGGAUACGACCUCGAGCACCUUUACAGCUCUUUUGCUGUGCCUCGCCAAGAAUCCUGAGAAGCAGGCAAAGCUGCGGGAGGAGGUUAUGAAGGUGCUGCCCAACAAGGACUCCGAGUUCACCGAGGCUUCGAUGAAAAACGUUCCCUAUUUGCGAGCCUGCAUUAAGGAAUCCCAGCGUGUUCACCCACUGAUUGUCGGAAAUGCUCGAGUCCUUUCUAGGGACGCCGUUCUCAGUGGAUACCAAGUGCCAGCUGGAACUUAUGUGUCCAUCGUUCCUCUGAAUGCCCUGACCAGAGAUGAGUACUUCCCACAAGCUUCAGAAUUCCUGCCGGAACGUUGGCUGCGAACCCCCAAGGAUUCGGAAUCAAAGUGUCCCGCAAAUGAACUAAAGUCCAAGAAUCCUUUCGUAUUCCUGCCCUUCGGAUUUGGACCUCGCAUGUGUGUGGGCAAACGCAUCGUGGAAAUGGAAUUGGAGUUGGGAACCGCUCGACUUAUUCGUAACUUCAACGUGGAGUUCAAUUAUCCCACGGAGAACGCCUUUAAAUCUGCACUGAUAAAUCUUCCGAACAUUCCGCUCAAGUUUAAAUUUACCGAUUUGCCCAACUAAUAUAUUGUUGCUUUA